AAUGAAGUCAUGGGCUGUGCUGCUGUUGCUGGCAGUUGGAGGCGUGCGUAGUGGCGAGGUCGCAGAGGAACCAUCCAAUGUCAAGGACACGAUUGUCAUACAAACGAAGCUCCAGAACUAUGAGAAGCCAUCGCUGCGCGACUAUAAAGAGUGCCAAUCGAAUCGACAGGGCUGCUUGGAUAUCUGCGCUGGCAGUGAAAAGUGCGAGCUAGAGUGCCCCCUCUGCCCGGAGCUGACAGAAGAGCCACUCCUAGUGCACGGCAUCAAUGAUACCAGCUACGUGGCACCUGCUCAACCCCCACUGAAUACCACCAACAUCAUCAAGCUAACGAAUGAGAUCACCAACAUUAUCAAAAACGAUAUCAAGGGUCGGAAUGAGAUAAAUGUGCAGGUGCAUCAGAAUGUAUCCACGGUGGGUGGCCGGUUCGGUCUUGGCUACAACGAGCAGGGCUCCUGCUGCUAUGUGGUGCAACGCGAGCGCAGCUGUGAGCACCAGGAGCGCUGCCAGGAGCACUCCCGCCAUCGCGUCUGUGGAGCACGGUGCCGUGCGCGAGUGAUGCAUGCCAAACGCGUGCUGCAAUGCGAGAAAGACGCUCCAGAAGAGUGCCACGAGACGGUGCAGUAUGUGCCCAUGCAGCGUCGCAAGUCGACACAACGCGACAGUUACCCUUAUUUACCUAAAUACCAGCCCCAAAGACAAUCCCAAGGAUGUGCCUACACAAACGGCUGGCCUUAUGUGUCCUGUGGUCAGAAUAGUAACAGUGCGAGACGUUCCAUCUGUCAGAAAUGUCACCAUAUGGCCUAUGGCUAUGUCUUGCAGAAUGGCAUCCCGCUAGAGUGCAUGGGUUGCUUUUCAAGCUAUACAUUACCGCUGAUGCCACAGCCUGUGAUCUACCCACCCUAUUUUGGUUCCAGAUUUGACUACAACUAUCAGCCAAGGCCUGAACAACAACCUGACGAAGAAGAUCAAUACACAAGUCCGCAGCAGGAGUGGGAGGAGGAGCACGAUGAUCUGGAUAUUGAGGAUGGAGACAGAGACAGCGGCUGGGUUCUGAAGUCAGAGAAAUGCAUGGACCCAAGUGGAGAAUUGGUGAACUGUAAAGAUGGCCAAUUACCCCCAGCACACUUGGAACAGGUCAACGAUCCUUACUACGAUGUGCCCGUACAACGACGACGACGGCGUCAUGACAAGUUUAUUCGUUCCCUUUACAGUCGCCGUGUCUAACAAU